CCGCAGGAACUUCCCCCGGGAGAGGCUGGUUGGGCGCCGCCGCGGGGGAGCGUCCCGGGGGCGCGGACAGAGGUGCCGCAGUACCGCGGGCGGCCUCGGGGGCAGCGCCCGGCCUCAGCGCGGCGACUCCCGGCCCCGGUUUCGGUCCCCGUCCCGUCCCGGCGGUGCCUGCCCAUGGCCCCCGCCGCCCCGAGCGUGCUGCUGCUGACCUGCCUGGUGCUGCUGCUCGGCCGCGCCUCCCCGGCGGCAGAAGAGUAUGGUCUGGAAAUAACCAACAAUGGUCCCAUCACAACGGGAGCUCAAGCUACUAUUCAUGCCAGUCUAAGCAUGAAGAAUGACAGCGUCGCAUCAAACUUGUAUCACUUUAACUGGAUUUAUGCUCCUCUGAUUCUGAUAGAGAAAUCUGAGCAGCAGUUUAGCUCCGUAAUUAAUGUGACCGGUGAAUUCCCUGGGACUUUUCCUGUAUCUGUCUGGGUGACCCAUAGAAACUGUUGGUUAUGUCGGCCAGUUGCUAGAAAUGUCACCGUGCUUCAGAUUACAGAAUUUAUCACAGGGAAUCUUACCAUUGCCCAGAUAGAAGACAAUAGACUUAUCACUCAUGGUUCUAGUUCCUCCAUGGGUGCCGUGACCCGGAUUUCUUUCUGCCUUCAUGACCCAAGUCAUUACUUCAAGUCAGCAUCAUUUGUCUACAACUGGGAUUUUGGAGAUGGAGUUUAUCAGAUUACCAAGGAACCCUUUGUCUACUAUAACUGCUCUACCAUGGGGAAUCGCACAGUGCAUCUGAAAGUCAUAGCUGAAUGGGAGCAAAUUGGAAGCAUCAUACAUGAAAGAGAAAUGGUGCAGAAAACUGGUGAUUUUACCACUGCUCUGGAGCUGUUAGAUGCUGUUAAAAGCAUUCACGUAGUGGGCUCCAGAGAGACUCACGUAAUGGAAAACUUGAGUUUAUCUCUUCAUAUCAAUGGCACCCCACCACUAGCGUUAUGCUGGCUUAUAAAGUCCGAGUGCAUUCCACUUGAAGGUGAAAAAUGCCAUCUGGUGGUGAUUAAUGGCUCCUGCUACAAUCUCAGCCAUACCUUCAGUGAUGCUGGACAGUAUUGCCUCAGUGUCAGAGUGGAGAACGGUGUGACGAUGCUGCAGACGUACCACGAAAUAAAAGUGUGGCCAACAGGGAUCCACCCGGCUUUCUUUGUCCUGCUCUGCAUCGCUCUGGUUUCAGUGAUGCUAGGACUGGUGCUGUACACGACCUUUCGAAGUAACACACAACAAAAAGAUCUCGUGGAGGUAGCUGACUUCGACUUUUCUCCACUGUCUGAUAAAAAACUGUCUUCUCAUUCGGAGUCAGGCUGUGGCCAAAUAUGUUGCAGAUCAUGUUUUCUUCGGUCAUCUCAAGAAGCUGCCAGGGAGAGUCAUGAACUUCUACGUUCUUUUUAUAAGCCAGUCAAAAUGUACACAGUGUGAAGAACACAAUUGCACUUUGGUUACACUAACUGCUGAGUUUUAACUUUCUCACUUAAGAUGAGUUAAAAGCCCAGUGCUGCAUGAAUGGUUUGGUUUUGCCAAUGCAAUGAGAUUAACCACUUUAAGUCCAGCACUUGAUCGUUUCAUUCUUUGAACUAAAAAAGAGCAAGCCCUGAAACACAGUAAAAGUAGCUUUGUAUUUUUAAAUUAUAUGGGUGUAUACACUUACAGUUGUAAAUGCAGCAUUUUAUUCUUAUGAAAGAUUGUUUUAUGUGCAGGUUUGCUAAACUCACUACCUCUUGUAAUUUCUCUGUUCCUUCUGCUGUUUCAAAUAAGAAAAUGCUUAAGACAAACAUACCUCUCUUUCCUAUGUUACAACAAUAUUACUGGAAACGGAAGUCACCCAAAAUGCUGUUGAAUGUGUAUUUGUUCUAAAAAGGAACUGACUUGUCCAGGUUGAGAAUGGCCUAGGUGCUUCCAAUGAACCAGACUACCUAA